AACACCAUGGCCAGUCAUCGAUUAGCUCCAUCUGUCAUGUUCGCCGCGAAUUUCACCAGACCAGACUCCGGCUGGCCAUUGGGACAGGCGCACGGGUACUUGGAGCACAGCGAUGAGUGCAUCUUCCAGAGGAGACAGCCCACGGUGGCGAUCUUCGUGCUCUACGGACUGGCCAUUCCCACCUUGUCUGCCUUCGGGCUCUGCACGAACUUCAUCAACGCCAUGGUCUUCAUGCGACCCAAGAUGACGCCGUCGGCCUUCAGCUACCUGGCGGCCCUUUCCUGGAUGGACUGCAUCUCGUGCCUGCUCAUCACGAUGACUGCCUUGUCCCGGAGCUACUUCUACAACAGUCCACCCUGGAUUGCCUACGACUACCAGUGGCAAACGCCAUUCUUCGGCAUCAGCACGGGAGCAGCCAACCUGAUCCUGGCCUGCCUCAGCCUGGAUCGAUUCACCUACCUCUCGAGUUUCAAAAGAAACAACGGAGCUCCUCGCUUUUGUCGCCGCAAGGUGGCUCGCUGUAUGAUCGUUGUGGCCAUAGGCACAUCCAUAGUGGUCAACAUGCCCUACUUCUUUGUCUUCUAUGUCUCCGACUCGGGAACAUGCCAUGUCACCGACUUCUACUACUCAAAGUUCUACAAGGUCCAAAACUGGUUUACCUUUGCCCUGCUGGCCCUCUUGCCGGCCAUUUUCCUGCUCAUUGGCAACACGGCCAUUAUAAUAGCCUUUCGAAAGUGGACGAAGCAGAGCCGAAAGUGUCACGCCAGCCAACCCACUGCCAAUAACCGCACCACCGCCAAGCGAUAUCAGCACCAAAUGAAGCUGACCAUCAGCAUAGUGAUUGUGAUCACACUGUACUUGAUUGGCGAACUUCCCGCCCACAUGACUUCCAGGAAGAGCUCCUUGAAUCUAUUAUUCGGCGGCGACACCAACAAGGUGGACGAGUCCUUAAUGGAGAAACUGGAGGUGAUCUGCAUUACGCUAAAUGCAUUGCAACUAUCCCUGAACAUAGUGGUGUAUGCGGUGAUCAAUCCUUCGUUCAUGCCGGAGUUUUUCCUGUGCCUCAAGGGAACCUCCGACCUGUGCUUCGGGCUGUGUUGUUUCCGGGCGCUGCGGAGGAUUUGGAGGAGCUGCCUGGCAAGGCGACAACCGCAGGCUGCGGCGGUGGAGCGAGUGGUCAGCAGUGUGAGUCCCCAGCACCUGCCGGCGGAUGAAGCCCUGCCCUGCGGAUGCGAAAGUUGGGCCAGCGAUUCUGGCUGCCAGAACAAUGCCCAUUGCAAAACGGCGGUGGGAACGUUUACCAUGAAGGAUUGCGAGCACGAUGUGGAGGUUCAUUGCUGUCACGAGCCGGAGGUAUUCACCACCAGAUCGAGCGCCUGCCUCCACUCCAAAGACCCCGCUCCCGACGAGGAUUCCAUAUUCAGCUCUAGUUUUAUUAUAAUUACUUAG